UCGCGCUGCUUCCGGGGGCGGGGCUGCGUGUGGGCGGGGCUUGGGAGCGGCCUACAGAGCCCUCGGCGCCAUGGGCAAGAAGCACAAGAAGCACAAGGCGGAGAAGACGGAGUGGCGCUCCACGGCCGCCCCCACCAUCAGCUCCGGGGGCGGCGCCUCCUCCUCCGGCGGGCCUUACGACGAUUAUGUCGAUAAACCCUUAGAGAAGCCAUUGAAGCUGGUGUUGAAAGUUGGCGGUAGUGAAGUGACAGAGCUUUCCGGAUCUGGACAUGAUUCCAGUUAUUAUGAUGACCGAUCAGACCAUGAACGAGAGCGCCAUAAGGAGAAAAAGAAGAAGAAGAAGAAAAAAUAUGACAAAGAGAAAGAUAAGCAUUUGGAUGAGGAGGAGAGGCGAAAGAGAAAGGAGGAGAAGAAACGGAAAAGGGAGAAGGAGCAAUGCGACACUGAAGGUGAACUGGAUGACUUUGAUCCUGGAAAGAAAGUAGAGGUUGAACCACCCUUGGACCGUCCUGUCAGGGCCUGUAGAACUCAGCCUGCAGAAAAUGAAAGUACACCUAUCCAACAAUUAUUGGAACAUUUCCUUCGCCAGUUACAAAGGAAAGAUCCUCAUGGAUUUUUUGCUUUUCCGGUCACGGACGCCAUUGCUCCUGGAUAUUCCAUGAUAAUAAAACAUCCUAUGGAUUUUGGCACGAUGAAGGAUAAAAUUGCAGCCAAUGAGUAUAAAUCAGUAACAGAAUUCAAGGCAGAUUUUAAAUUGAUGUGUGACAACGCAAUGACAUACAACAGACCAGAUACGGUGUACUACAAGUUGGCCAAAAAGAUCCUCCAUACAGGGUUUAAGAUGAUGAGCAAAGAACGGCUGUUAGCUUUGAAGCGCAGCAUGUCGUUUAUGCAGGACAUGGAUUUUUCUCAGCAGGCAGCUCUUUUGGGCGACGAAGAUCCAGCUGUUGAGGAACCUGUGCCUGAAGUUGUUCCUGUGAAUGUUGAAACAACCAAGAAAUCCAAAAAGCCAAGUAAAGAAGUUAUUAGUUGUAUAUUUGAACCAGAAGGAAAUGCAUGCAGUCUGACAGACAGCACAGCUGAAGAACAUGUAUUAGCUUUGGUGGAGCACGCAGCAGAUGAAGCACGCGAUCGGAUCAAUCAGUGUCUUCCAAACAGCAAGAUAGGAUAUCUGAAAAAGAAUGGUGAUGGAUCUUUAAUCUUCAGUGUACUUAAUCCAUCAGAUCCAGAAGCAGAAGAGGAGGAAACCCACCCAGUGGAUCUGAGUUCCUUGUCAAGCAAACUAUUACCUGGUUUCACAGCACUGGGUUUUAAAGAUGACAGAAGACAUAAAGUUACUUUUCUUUCAAGUGCUAAUACUGCACUGUCUAUGCAAAACCAUUCCAUCUUUCAUGAUUUGAAAGCUGAUGAAAUGGAUCUCCUGUAUUCAGGAUAUGGAGAUGAAACUGGGAUCCAGUGUGCUUUAAGCCUGCAGGAAUUUGUGAAAGAUUCUGGAAGUUACAGUAAAAAAAUAGUGGAUGACUUGUUAGAUCAGAUCACUGGGGGAGAUCAUUCCAAAAUCAUUUAUCAGCUAAAACAAAGGAGAAACAUUCCAGUGAAACCUCCAGAUGAAAUGAAAGUUCCACCGGUUCUCAUUAAAGAAGAACACAAAUUGCGCAAUACUUGUCCAGAUGCCUCCAAGCAAAGUAUGGUUGGAGAAGCCAUCGGAGACAAUACGAGUUCUGUUUUGGAUUUUCUAUCUAUGAAACCAUAUUCAGAUGUGUCUCUUGAUAUAUCGAUGUUGAGUUCAUUGGGUAAAGUAAAGAAGGAACUUGAUCAUGAUGAAAAUCAUUUACACUUGGACGAAACCACAAAAUUACUGCAGGAUCUUCAUGAGGCACAGACUGACCGAGUAGGAUCUAGGCCUUCCUCCAACCUCAGUUCCCUCUCUAAUGCAUCUGAAAGGGAUCAGCAUCAUCUAGGAAGCCCCUCUCACCUAAGUGUAGGAGAACAACAAGACAUGGUCCAUGACCCCUAUGAAUUUCUUCAGUCCCCAGAACCUCCAAAUGCCAACAACUGAUUUUUCAUAUAGAAUAUUUAUUUAUUUUUAUUUUACUGUCUGAUGUUUUACUGAGAUUGAUGAGACAAUAUGCAUUUUGGUUUGUCCUCUUUUUGUACAAGAAUUGCUGUAUAAUAAUGCUUAUGCAUAUAUUUAUAAAUUUGACUUGCAUAGUAAGUAUAUCAUGAUAUAUGUACCAUCUCAUGCAGUUUUUUAGGGAUAUGUACUAUAAAACUCAGGCAGAAACCAAUUACGUAUUUAAGAAACCUUAUUUAUUCAACUAACCAGCUGUUUAUCAUGCUGUCAGUUAUUAAAUAUUUUAUACUUUGUUUACAAUUAUAGCCGCUUAGAAAUUAUUCAAGGAGUAUUUUCAGUGGCAAUACAGGUUUCAAAACUUUGGUUGUCUUCAUGGUUAUUUGUCUUCCCCAAGCUGUUCACUGUGAAGAUGGCUAAAUUAAAAUUUAAAAAAGUUGAUAUCCCAAGUCCAAACAUUUAAGAAAAGAAAAUUCACUGUGACUUUUGUUUUAGAAUCUCUGUGCCAGAUUGUCUAGUUUCAGUGUUUUGUGAAUAUGGGUGAAGUUGUACCUUCAGAAAAGAGAAAUGUGUUUGUAGUUUUUAAAUUAGGUAUUUGAAAUUUGACAUUGAACGGUUUUUAAACAAUUGGUAUUAUGUAUAAAACAGAAUAAUUAAUCAAAAUAUUGUAAAUUAUAAUAAAAUUCAGAAAUACUUCUA